GUCACUUGAUCAUGGCAACUCGUCCAGCAAGUUCACGAUCCCGUGCUCAGCUAAGCUCUGCUUCGAACCAACGUCCCGGCUCUGCCCAAAGCAGGCAAGCCUGGUCGGACGAUGGAGUCGACAACCCAAGAUUCCGAAACGAAGAAGAAGAUAUGCAUGCUCCGAUGGAAAGCGAGCUCUAUCAAGGAACUGUGCAAAUGGAAGAGAGACCCGAACCCGUUGUUGCAAGAGAUUCCAAGUCUGGUUGCUGUAACAUGUUCUCCAGAGCAGUUAGAUGUAAGUAAACUAAAAACAAAAUUGAAAUAGUAACAUGAACAACUUGUAGCAUGCACAAAGAGAGAUAGAUAAAUAGAUAGAUAGAUAGAUAGAUAGGUAGAUAGAAAGAGAAAGAGAAAGAGAAAGAGAAAGAGAAAGAGAAAGAGAAAGAGAAAGAGAAAGAGAAAGAGAAAGAGAAAGAGAAAGAGAAAGAAAGAGAACCUAUGAUAUAAAGUUAAAAGAUUUUAAAAUAUGUAAUAUCAAUCAAGGUAUAGUUUUAUCAUAAAAGUAAGAGUCUUUUACAUGAAGCAUGCAUUCGGUGAUAAGAGGAGAGAAUAGACAUAGCCAAAAUCAAUAGGAACAAUAAUAAUAAUGAUCUAAUGAUCGGAUAAAUGCAAGAUAAUCAAUACAUUCAACAUCUAUCUUUCUUUCUCUUUUUAUUGAAUAUGAGGAAAUGACCUUAUUCUUUAGAAUAUACCAUCAUUAGACUAUCGCUUAAUCAAUUCAGAUAUUGAUUAAUUAAAUUUAUUCAUGAGGACAUGUACAGUUUAAUCGCAAUUCAAUAUAAGCCUUUUAUUUUAGUUAUUAAAAAUCUAUGAAUAAUUAAUAAGAUAGAAUCAAAUCAACUCAAUCUUCAUCUAUUAUUUAGCGACUAUAAUUGAACAAUUCUUUGAAAAGCGGAUAUCGAAAAUUUGCAAGGAAAAUUAAUAAAUUGAACCAAAACUAAAAUGGCGUCGUCCUUUACGAAUCGACCAAAAAGAAAAAAUGUUUUUGAAUAAAAGAAAGACAUUUAUUGAUUUAUUAUUGAUUUAGUUAUUCAUUACAAACAAGUUUUUCUCUCUUUUGACGCCCGUUAUCGAUAUGAACUAACGUCUUUUUUUGUUUGAACAAUUGAUUGUCAGUAUGAAGUUUGUCAUCUAUUUUUUGCAGUUUUAUCCUUCCAAUAUAUUUUCCUAUUGAUAGAAUGUUAUAACAAAUAGUAAUGGUAAUUCUCCUCUAGCGUUAUGGGCUACAAGACAAACGGAAGAUACGAAAAAGGACAAGGAGCUACACGUAAAGACAACCCUAAGAGAAUUGAUAAUCUACAUCGUUUUCUUGGUCGUUUUGUGUGUAGGUAAGGCAAAUAUUGAAUGUAUUUAUAUAUCUAUAUAUAAAGAUAAUUAUACAACAUUCAACCGAGUAAAUUCAACAAAAACUUUAUUCAAAUAAAAAAAGAAGUGAGUGAAAGAGAGACGCAAUCCGACAGAUGGCAGCUGAAAAAAAAUAUUUUUUAGCCUUUCCUAUUACGUUUAAACUUUUAAGAAUUACUAUAAGAAGAGUAGGAAGAAGAAGAAGAAGAAGAAGAAGAUGAUAAUGAUGAUGAUGAUGAUGAAAAGGGGGAAGGGAAGAGAGUGGAUGAUUUGCUAGAAUAUUAAUAUAAAAAGAAUUUUAGUUAAAGCUGUAAAGAAAGAGAAUGAUUUUUUUUAAUUAUUUUAUAUCAUGGCAGUCACGUUUGGUAUGACGAGUCCGACAAUGUAUUACUACACAAAAGUAAUGAGCGAGCUGUUUUUAGACGCUCAAUUUGAAGAAACUCGUAACGCUUUCAGGGGAAUGACAACUGUAAAAGAUUUUUGGCGGGUAGUUAUAUUUUUCUUGAACUUACUAACCACUUUGUCAUUCGGUUUACAGUAACGUUCGGUAUGACCAGUUCGACAAUGUACUAUUAUACGAAAGUAAUGAGCGAACUAUUCCUUGAUUCGAGUUUUGCUGAUACGAAGAACAAUUAUAGGGGAAUGACGACUAUGGCCGAUAUGUGGAGGGUAACUUGGCGCAAUGCUCAUCGCUUACCCAUAAAACAGCUCCUUUUAUGUUUAUUUCCCCUGUCAUUUUGGCGCGCGAUGCAAUUUCUAUAGGAAACAUAACAUUCACUUAAAAAAGAGUUUAUUAGACAACUAAUUAAUCUUUUCUCCGUCAUCCCCCUCCUCUUUGUAUAAAGCGCAUAUUUAUAUGUUUCAUCUUUAACCUAAAUCCUUUAACCCCUUCGCCCUUGUUAGCCUUUUGUUAUUCAUCUUAAGAUGCAUAUACAUUAGUAAUAUUUAUUUUUUUUUGUAUCCAAUAAGUUGAUGUGUAAUUCCUGGAAUUUUUUACUAAAAUUAGUUUGCCGAAGGACCUCUUGUCAGCGGACUCUACUGGGAACAAUGGUAUAACGGUAAAAAUGUCACCAACGAAGAAUUAGGCUAUAUUUUCUACGAGAACAAACUACUAGGAGUACCGAGGAUUAGACAAUUAAAGGUUAAAAACGAUUCCUGUACUGUUCAUGACGAUUUUAGAAAUGAGAUCAAGGCCUGCUAUGACAGCUACGCAAAAAGCAUUGAGGACAAAGAACCCUUCGGCAAGAUGAAUGGAUCAGCAUGGAAAUAUCAUACUGACGAGCAAUUGGACGGAUCGUCCCAUUGGGGUCUUAUCAGUAGAUACGGAGGCGGUGGCUACGUACAAAAUUUAGGAACUACCAAAGUUAAAUCCUAUGAACUUAUUAAAGAACUUAAGGACAAUCUUUGGUUGGAUAGAGGAACAAGAGCAGUUUUUAUAGAUUUUAGCGUCUAUAACGCAAACAUCAACCUAUUUUGCGUUAUAAGAUUACUAAUAGAAUUCCCAGCAACUGGAGGUGCUAUACCUUCCUGGAACUUUAGAACUGUCAAACUUAUCCGUUACGUAACCGUUGGAGAUUACUUUGUCUUGGCAUGCGAAGCUAUUUUCUGCCUGUUCAUUUGUUAUUACAUCGUUGAAGAAGCCUUGGAGAUAAAGAAGCUAAAAUUUUCUUAUUUUAAGAGCUUCUGGAAUAUUCUUGAUAUACUUGUCAUCAUCAUUUCCCUUAUUUGUGUAGCAUUUAACAUUUACAGAACGAUCAAAGUUAAUAAGAUGUUAAAUGAUUUGCUAAAGAAACCGGAAGAAUAUCCUGAUUUUGAAUUCCUUUCCUAUUGGCAAGUUCAAUUCAACAGCGCAAUUGCUAUCACGGUUUUCUUUGCUUGGGUUAAAGUCUUCAAGUACAUUUCAUUUAAUAAAACCAUGACUCAACUCAGCUCCACAUUGGCAAGAUGCGCAAAGGAUUUGGCCGGGUUCGCCGUCAUGUUCUUUAUAGUUUUCUUGGCAUUUGCCCAACUCGGUUAUUUGAUCUUUGGCACACAAGUUAAGGACUUUUCAUCCUUCCCAAGUUCUAUCUUUACUCUAUUUAGAAUUAUUUUGGGUGAUUUCAAUUUCCACGAGUUGGAAGCAGCCAACAGAGUACUCGGUCCAAUCUAUUUCAUCUUGUACGUUUUCUUCGUUUUCUUCGUACUACUCAACAUGUUCUUGGCCAUUAUUAACGAUACAUACUCGGAAGUUAAAGCCGAUAUUUCGAACCAAACUAACGAAUUCGAAAUGGCUGAUUACUUUAAGAAGGGCUACGAUAGAAUGUUGGAGAAAUUAAACAUCAAGAGAGACAAGAUAAUCGAUAUCCAAAAGGCUCUACAAUCGGCUGAUAUUAAUCAGGAUAAACAAUUGGACUUUGAUGAAUGGAGACAAGAUCUAAAGACUAGAGGCUAUGCCGAAGCAGAAAUCGAAGCUGUAUUCGCUAAAUACGAUUUGGACGGCGAUAGAAUCUUGGAUGAAGAGGAACAGAAGAGAAUGCAGGCUGACUUGGAAGGUCAAAAGCAGAAAUUAAACAGCGAUUUAGCAGAUGCUGAAGGUGGCGAAAGACCGCUAUCAUCCAGACCAAAAACUGCCAGACCCGGAAGUAGUAUGGGUUCUGAAACUAGUGAGGAAGAUGAUCUCAGAGGUCAUAGAGGUGGUAGUGGAGGAGUUGUAUCGGGGGUUUCUUUCGAAGAGUUCACAGUACUCGCAAGACGAGUAGACAGAAUGGAGCAUUCUAUUGGUUCUAUUGUAUCUAAAAUAGACGCUGUACUUGUCAAAUUAGAAGCCAUGGAGAGGGCAAAGAGUAAGAGAAGAGAAACAAUGAGCAAAAUUUUAGAUAGUAUAACAGAAAGUGGUAACGACGAGGAGAAAAGAGAACAGAUGGAACGUUUAGUUAGAGAAGAACUUGAAAGAUGGGAUUCUGAUCCAUCCCUGAGUGGAUCAAGUGGAGGCGUUCGCCAAAGACCUGCUUCGAGAGGUGGCGCCGCAAACGUAAGUGAUAAUUGAUAAGGAAUUUACCAAAAGAUAUCAAUAACGCUAACAAUCUUUUAUUAAUUUUCAUUAAUUGCUUACCUUUAUAUUAAACUAUUUUACAAAAAACACAGUAACAAGGUACGUCUCUCCCUCUCCCUCUCUAUCUCUAUUCCUCGUCGUAUCCCCUCCUAAACUCUUCUUCACCCAAUCAUUCAUCUAUCAAGCCCUCCACCCAUCCAUAUUUUCGUUGAUCAAUCAAUCUAUUUAUUCCAUAUUCCUAUUCGAAAACACUGCGGGCAAAGAGCUGACUGUUUUUGACGAUUUGUAAUUUGUGCUCAUUUUUCCGCGUUAUCCUUCCAUUCCACUUUUCUCCUUCCUCUGCUGACUAUAGUCUAUUAAAUUAAAUGUUAUUUUUUAUGUGCUUUCUAUAAAUUACAGUAUUGCAGUAUUAUUAAUCUGUUUCUUUUUUUAUUCUUAUCCUUUAUAGUCGGAAUUAGAUGAACUCAGCUUAACUGAAGAAACUUACGAAAGUUGAAAAGAGAGAAACCACCUUUCUGCUCCUACCUUCUCCUUAUUUUUGUUAUCUGGUCAUUUAUAUUCAAAGAUACUUUUUGUUUUUUAUUGUUUUAUCUAAUUAGAACAGGAAAGAAGAUUUUUUUCAAGUAGUUAUCCUAAAAACCCCAAAACAAACAAGGCGUAUAUCUUUAAUGUUUUCACAUACAAACCAAACAAACUUCAAUUGAAAAGAAGUGCUUGCUAAAGUACAUUAUACACACAUAUGUAUCUCCAUGUAUACAUUUUUAAAUAUAUAUAUUUAUAUAUUCAAAGAUAAACAAGGCCAAUCAAAGUUAUCUGUGAUGUUUUGAAUAAAAAUUUUUAUCUUCUCUUUUCUCUUUUUAUCCUUGUUAUCUUGUAAUUCAGUCUCUACAUAUAUGUAUAUGUAUGUUCCUUUUGUUUCUCUCUCUUCUUGAACGAAUAAAGAUAUAUAAGUAAUACAAUGUUUAAACUCUAGCAUUCAAAAAGCAAAAUGAUUGAACAAGUAAUUCUAGGAAUUUAUUUCUUUGUUUAUUUUUACUUUACAGCAAAAACAAACAACUACAAACGAAAAUAGAUUGUCAAGAAUAUUUAAUCCUUUGUUUUCUCUUACUGUUUUUCCUUUUAGGAGACUGACCGACAUUUUCUAUUGCCUUUAUAAUACACUAUCUUACAAAUGGACGUAACAAAGUAGGCCAAGGGAGGUGGAAAAACGUUGAUUUAUUCCGCCUCUGCUUUCUCUAGAGUUAUAGGUAUAGGAUACAAAAGAAGAAGAAGAGGAAGAAGAGAAAGAAAGAGUCGUACGCGGUGAAAAGUAAAAAAGAAAUAAAAGAGAGAAAAUUGAAAAUAGCCCUUAGUUAUUUUUUUAUAUUCAUACGAAAAUUUUAUAAAUAAAUAAAUAAACAGUUCUAUUUCAAUUAGAAAUGGCCUGUAGCUUUCUUUGUAUAAUAAAUGCACUAAAGAAUCGCCUCUACGAUAAUGUUUUUUUUCCUUUCUUCCAAAGAAUAAGAGGUAUAGCCAUAGAGAGAGAGAGAGAGAGAGAGAGAGAGA